UAAGCUAUGCUUUAAAAACAAUUUAAAAUAUUUGGUGAAGAAUGUGGCAUUUUGUUUUGUUUUGUUUUGUCUGCUGGGGGCAUGUGGGUGGGAGGCAGGGCUUUCCUUUAUGACUCAGAAACCAGAUGUAUAAAGCUCUUCCUUCUCCCUCCGCUCAGACACCCCCCUUGCGAAGAGGACGAAGAGGAUGUCUUCAGCCACAGGCCUUCGCCCCCAGGCACGCUGCCUUCUCUUGGCCCUGAUCUGCAGCGGCACCUCCUUCCAAGAUGCAGCCGCAAAUGUGCAGCCGCACAUAUCUUCUGACCUUGUCGUGCAGAAGCCUUCCUGUGGAAAACAGAUCCACAUCCCGUGCGAGGGCUACACAGAUUACGAAGACAGCGGCGUCAUGUACUGGCUGGCCAACGGCCAGUUUGUGUCGGAAUUGUACCCAGGUGGAGAAGUGAGCGAGGGGCGCACUGAGGAGAAAGCCAAGGGCGUUGGCCUGUCCCUGAAACGGGAGCUGAUCAUCAACACCUUCACAAAGAAGAUACAGAACACAAGAUUUGAAUGCAUCAUCCUCGAUCCAGCAGGUGCAGCGCGAAAGGCUGUCGCCUGGAAGCCGAAACCGCGUUUCAGGAAUCAGCCUGGCAAAGUCCCAGAGCAGAUCGGCAGCAGCAGCGCCUAAGGACUUUUGAACAAGAGCUUCGGAGGGACACAAGAGGCAGGAGGGCAGCAGUGCAGCACAGCAGCCGAGGGAUGGGAGAAGAGCAGGCGUCGUGGCUGCUGGGCAACCAACUUCCGGUUGCUUCUGCUCUCCGUUGGGUCACACAGCCUCUCUCUCUGCUCCAGGCAGCACCCCCUCUGCCAGCUCCAGCCACCCACUCCCGAGGAAGGAAGGAGACUCAUUCCUCAAGGAAGAAGGAAAACAAGCGGGACAUCGAGGGUGUGGGAAAGGUAGCAAAAUUCCUGGAGGAUUUUAAACCUGACCCAUAUAGCUCCAAGCAGCACGUAGAACUGUGUUAAAUAAAAGCUAGAGGUAUCCUCUUUAUGUUCCAGCUUGAA